UUUGAUUAUCAACUUACUCUUUCACAUUUCCCAUUGCUUGGAAGAAUCUCAUUUCUUUUGAUGGGCUGUUUCCAGUCCAAAUAUGCUGAUGUGAUCACUUCUCCUGAUCAUCCAUCAGUUCAGCACCAAUUAGAAUCAGUAACUGAGGACCAAGUGGAUCAUGAGGACCAAGUGGAUCAUGAGAAUCAAGUGGAACAGGAGAAUCAAAUCCCAUGUUUCAAAAAAUUUACAUUAAGUGAAUUAUUCUACAUAAUAAAUGAGUUUAGUCCCAGUUGCAUUGUCUCUGAAGGUGGGGUGAAAGAUUUCAAUGAGGUUUACAUAGGAAAGCUCGAAGGCAAUGUUCUCGUCGCUGUCAAGCGAUUCUCUAAACUGACUUGGCCUGAUGCUCAGCACUUUGUGGAUCAGGCGACUGCUGUUGGAAAGCUUAGGUCCAAGAGAUUGGUCAAUCUGCUUGGUUAUUGCGUUGAAAGAGGCGAGAGAUUGUUGGUGGCUGAGUAUAUGCCCUAUGGUACUCUCUCAAAGCAUCUUUUUUACUGGAACAGACAGGAAAUUCCUUGGGAAAUGCGUGUUCGAGUUGCAUAUUAUAUUGCACAAGCACUUGAUUACUGCAACGUCAAAAACCAAAAGAUCUAUCAUGAUUUAAGUGCAUCCAGAAUCCUCUUUGAUGAGGAAGGUGAUCCUCGUCUAUCAACUUUUGGUCUCAUCAAGAACCGCAGAGACGGAAUAAGCUAUAGCACUAACUUGACUUACGCUCCACCAGAGUUUUCAGAAACAGGUACAAUUAUUCCUGAGAGUGUGAUUUACAGUUAUGGAAAUGUUCUUAUAGAACUUGUGAGCGGCAAACACAUUCCACCGAACCAUGCUUUUGAUAUCAUAAUGGAGAAAAAUGCGAUGCUACUCAUGGAUUCAUCACUUGAAGGGAGAUUUGAGAGUGAAGACGCGACUAAGCUUCUUAAUCUUGCUUCGAAAUGUCUUCAAAAGAACCCGGAAGAUCGACCUGAUACUGAAUCUCUUGUCUCUGCAGCAGCACCACUACAAAAAUUGGAAGAGAUUGCAUCUUAUUUCUUGAUGCGUCUGCCUAAGAGUACAGUAAUACAGCCAACCAUGCUUUCUCCUCUCAAAAAGGCUUGUUCUCGGAUGGACCACUCGGCUGUGUACAAGAUUUUGCUUAAAACUGGUUACAGCGACGAAGGAGCAGAGAGUGAUCUUCUAGUGACACGACAAAACCAGGAACUGGUUCAAACAAAGAACUUGGGAGACAAUGCUUUCAGAGACCAGGACUUCAUUAACGCGAUUAAAUAUUAUUCAAAGUUGGUGAGGAUGAUGACCAGUAGUCCAUAUGCGACUGUAUUUGCGAGAAGGUCUUUCUCCUACUUAGUGACGGGUGAACGUGAUCCUGCGUUGGGAGACGCAAUGAAGGCUCAAUUUUGCAUACCGGGGUGGCCUACUGCGUUUUACUUGCAGGCUUUAGCACUUUGGGAGCUUGGUAUGGAGAGUGAUGCUAGGGAUAUGAUUAAUAAAGGUGCUGCACUUGAAGCUAAGCGACUACAGACUACAGAGAGAUAAGAGAGCCCGUAACCUUCUUUGACAACUUAUUUCA